CUACACCUACAUCCCCGGCGUGGGCAACCAGCGGCAUAGCAAUGACUAUGUCACAUGCACAAUGCUGGUGUUGUACAGUGGGCCGGGCUGCUCCGUCGAUGUCUAGAACGGAUGGGCGGCGAACAGAAGGGCUUCUCCCCAUGCUUUAUUUGACGAAAGUCCUGCAUUUCCACCGAGCAAAUAGCGAGGAAUGUCGUAUUCUUCUUUCUGCAGUUGAUAUUCCCGGCGUGUAGAAAGCGACGUUCAUUAUGGCUGAUGAGGAGGCGACCGGCUACAUGCGCUUCCAGGACUCUGGUACGGACUUGAACAAACACGCCCCUGGCUCGAAGUCAAAAGAUGCCAGGAAAGGUGAAGUAUCCAUGGACAUGGAAAUGGACGAUCUGCAGGUGUCGCUGGAGAAAGAGGAGGGCACGCUACGACGCAAGCAACGCAACAUGGUCGACCAUUCGCUAACAGUUUACAGUGAUCCCAGCGCCGUCCGACCGACCAGUAGCAUCGAAGCGCUGCGCGCCAAGAUGCUGAAGUUUGUGGACAGCAUGGUGAUGAGAGGGAUAAGUGUUCUUUUCGUGGUAAUUGAUAUUAUCCUACUCAUUGUCAACUUGUCUAUAUAUGGGGUCAAGAACUCUGACCAAGAACCCACAGGAUAUGCAGUUGCCGCAAUGUUCUUUUCCUCAUACUUCAUGAUAGAGCUCGGCUUGAGGAUCUUUGCUCGAGGGUCUUCCUUCUUCCGUUACUGGUAUGAAAUCCUGGAUCUGGUGGUCAUAGUCGUUUCGUUCAUCAUGACCGUGGUGGUGAUUUCCAAGCCGAAUAUUGCCGACACUGCCAGAGUUGUGCUGGUCGGUCGACUUUUCCGCAUUCUCCUCCUUGGACGCAUCAUCAACGAGCGAUAUCAAAUGUCAAGAGUUUCACGCCAUGUGGUAUCUCAAAACAAGCGUCGCUACAUGAAGGACGGCUUUGACUUGGACCUGACCUACGUCACUGAACGUGUCAUCGCAAUGGGUUUUCCGUCCAGCGGGAAGAUGGGUCUGUACAGAAACAGUGCUGCGGAAGUGGUGAGAUUCUUUGAGACGAAGCAUCCCGGUCACUAUCGGGUGUACAACUUGUGCAGUGAAAAGGGCUACGAUGUGGGAAUGUUCAGUGGCCAGGUCUAUCGGGUCAAAAUCGAUGAUCACAAUGUACCACUUCUGCAUGAGCUGAUUGAGUUCUGCGAGGACGUGCACAGGUGGAUGGAAGCCCACCCCGACAACGUCAUUGCUGUGCACUGCAAGGGAGGCAAAGGUCGUACGGGUACGGUGGUAUGUUGCUGGCUGAUGAGAUCGGGAAUGUACCAAGAUGCCGAUUCUUGCCUGGCAUACUUUGGUGAGCGACGGACUGACCUUUCCAAAGGACACAAGUACCAGGGAGUGCAGACACCGAGUCAGAGUCGCUGGGUAGGGUAUUAUGACGAGUAUCUGCACAGGCUGAAUCGAGUACUGCCCACUUCAUAUGAAUAUCGUGUAAAAACAAUCAAGAUUUAUGGAAUCAACGGCAUUGGGGCUGGUGAUGGUCAAGAUCUCUUCCUGCACAUUAUUGCUGAUGGUACAACCACGGCAGACUUUGCCCUCUACAACCCGGCUGUUUCGUCAAAGGUGCUGGCUGAUGCUGGUGGUGAUGUGUUGACGGUUGAUAUCAAGCAUGGCGCGGUACCACCGAUUAAGGGCAACGUCAAAUUCCGGUUCACUUGCUCAACGAAAAUAAAGAUGAAGGGCCUUUACGACAAGUCUCUGUUCUUCUUCUGGCUACACACUGGCUUUGUCAAGGACUUCAGAUUCCAUUUGACUCGGGAUGAUAUCGAUAAUCCGCACAAGCCGAAAACGCACGGCGUUUUCCGAGACAACUUUGCCGUCGACCUUAUCUUUGAGGAAGUAUGAUCCGCUUCAGUCAGCCAUGCAGAAAGACGGUGUUUGUACAGCAAGGUUUGAGUGCUAACAUGAGUGGUGUGUUCUAUAGCAUGUGUGUCUGACGAAUGCCACACCUUGUGCUGCGGUGACUAAGUAGGUGUUGGAGUGUAUGGCACACAUCAUGCCCUGCACGAUGCAUGCGUCCAGCAGGCACGCCGAAACUGUGCAGGCACUCGGCUUCAUUCCAAACAAGUGACAAACUCAUUGCGCAGUGCAUGUGCCGCUUUCGCUCUCAAGCCAAGGAUCCGGGGCCCACGUGGCCUACGGAGGAGCUAUUUGCACUAAAAUAGUGACAUCUGCACUUGACCAACAGUGGCGUGUUAUUGAGCUACAAGUCAGCAGUCCCCCCCCCCCCCCCCCUACCCCUGGCCACUAGCCACUGUUCAAUGCCUUCUUAGCACUGCUCUUCUCUUCCUGAACUGCAUGCCAGAUAUCUUCAUUCCUGUUUUCUGUGUGCCUUGUAUCUCAUCACUUUUAAAAAUCUGUUUAAUUUUGAACAAAUUUCGACCCUAAUUCUAGGAAGCAUUCACGAUCCGUUCGGUCUUGUUUAUGAUCAGAAAGAUUUAAGACGGUCUAUUCUUGUUGACUACUUUGCCAUAAUCAACGUUAUUGAUUUAUCUUUCUUGACGCUUUGAUCUCUUUCCGACUUCCUAUUAUAUUGGGACGAAAGAGAGGUCCAUUACCAGAUGAACAAUUAUACCCAUUAUACAAGUAUACAAUUAUUUGGUAGGAAUUUGGUUCAUUGUGAGAUGAAUUUAUAUCGAAUAUUUAGUUAAAAUUACUAAUGCUAGAUUAGCUUUUAAAAA